GCGCCUUGCACACUUCCGUCUUUGCCCGCCAUGGCGACUUACACCCCCAAUACGCACCACAGCACCACCUUCGAGCAGUUCGAGAAAGGAUCGCCAAGUCUGUUCCCAAAGCUCGAAGAGGUCGACUCAAAGCGACGACGGUGCUGUAGCCAGAAGGUCUGGGCCAUCGUACUCAUGGUCGUAGGCUGCCUCACCAUCAUCAUCGGCAUCUUGUACGGCACCGCCAUGCCGGCGUACAUCAACUCGGUCGUAGGCGAUCAAGUCGUGCGCUGCUCAGACGACGAAAUGUCCAAGGAAAGCUACCUGGACCCGUACGGAGACUACGAGGACUGCUCGCCAUUCUUCGUGUCUCUGUACAUGCUCAACGCCACCAAUGCCGAAGAAUAUCUCGCUAAUAACGUCAAGCUGCAAGUCCAGGAGAUGGGGCCAUACGUGUACCGCCGUCGCGAGAUCAAGCUGGACGUGUCCCUGUCGGAUGACUCCUCCACCGUAACCUAUAAGACGUACACGUAUCACACGUACGAGACCGAGAAGAGUUGCGAUGACUGUUUCGACUCGGACGACAUCGUGAGCUUCGACACCGGAUACUUCAGUGUCAUCGCCGCCACAGGUGGUGAAUUCAACUUGCUGGCGGCGGUAGCUGCGGCCUCCUUUGCUUCCACACUAAACACGACCGAUAUCAUCGCAACCAUCACGGAGCAUGGCGAGCAGAUGAUGCGAUGGAUGAACGGCCUUAACUCGCUGGAUCCGCUGGCUAUGAAGACAGUGACCAACAACAGUACCGUGCUGACCUUCCUGGCUACCGGUCCAGCAGCCAUCGCCGAUCUGGACCUCUCAGGUUUUGCGUACAAUGGCAUCUUCGCAAAGCGCACGGCGUCACAGUGGGCGCUGGGCUACCCUAGUCUGCUGGCCGGCCUCAUUCUGGGCUCCAACUACAUCAACACGUGCAAAACCGGCAUGAAUGCCCAGUGCGCGUCCUGCAGCGGUGAUGACUGUCUGGCCAUUGCAUUGGCUUGCUCUCAGUGCACCAAGGGCGCAGCUCUCAUGGCAGUCAAUAACGCCACCUGUGCCAUCGUCGAGUCCAUUUAUGCCGCCACGUACGGUGCCGAGGAAGCUGCUAGUUUUGCCGGAACAACCUGCAGCUUAUGCGAGAGCGUUGGUCUGUGCGCGGCACCUCUUCCCGGCAUCGCUGAGACCUCUGGCCUGGACUACUCGGAGACUGCACCAGACGCGUCGACACUCGGGGCUUACGUGAAACGGACGGGCUGCGACGAUCUGGGCAAUAUCGGAGCUUGGGUGGAGUACGAUAGCUUCAACGUCGCGCCUGUGUGGGCGGAUCUCGGCGAGCGCCGCAACCCCACGCUGGCUGAGAUCAAUGCGUUCUCGAGCUACGCCAACUGCGAGUCGCCUGUCGCCAACGUCACGUGCGUCAACGUAUCAGGAACGGACGGUAUGGCGCUCAAACCUGGUGGCGUGACAAUCAACGGCAUGGCCAAGCAAACCACUGCCGACUCGUUCAACUCGUACCUGGGCCCGGCCAAGAUCUCUAUCACCAUCGCGAGCCUGGACACAAAGGUGGACUUUGACGGUGUUUCGUUGCAUCGAUUUGGUACCCCGAUGGAUGUCUUCGCUUAUACGGACGAUAACGCAGAAGUCGGCACAGGCGUCCCCGUCAACGGUCUUCAUCAGCUCAGCUUCGUCACGGGCUUUCUGUCGUACAUGUCCGGCCCGUUCUUCAUCUACGGCGAUACGUCACUACUCGAGGCUGUGGAGAUGACUAACUCCGACGGUACUGUGAUGACGGCUGGCACCAUGUAUAACUCCGACGGCACCCUCUUCGAGAGCUUCCUCAACGCGUACGGCACGUUCGUUGAUAUCGAAUCGGGUACGGGCCAGACCAUGAGAGCUCGCAAACGAUCGCAGGUCUCGUAUUCGCUGACUGCGUCCUCUUCCGUGGCUAACGCGUCCAUGAGCGACAUGCUGUGGCCCACGCUGCCAACAGAAGUGGUGCUGCCUACAUAUUGGGUCCAGGAGGCCGCUGAGGCUAAGGACAACGUGCUGGACACGUUUAAAAGCACGCUUACACUUGUCAAGACGUUCUUGCCUGGCCUUAUCGUUCUCAUUAUUGCUGGCAGCAUCGAAGUGGGUGGGGGCGUAUUCCUCUGGCGUCGCCACAAGCAGAGGCUCGAGAUGGUGCGCUAUGGAAGCGUCAUUUAGACCAUGGCAUCCUGUAUGAAGUAACUACGUAGUACACAGCAAGGCACAAGCUCAUGUAUGUCGUCCUAAAAUGUUUGAAGUGAAA